UGGCAGUAGUGGUGGUAGUGGCGGUGGUGGUGGUGGUGGCAGUGGUGGUGGUAGUGGAUAGCAAGGAGAAUCAGAGGAGAAGACACUGGUGGCUCAUGUGCUCCCUUGAUCAUGGAGGUGAAGGCACAAGGGGAUUUAGUUCAGUGCUUCUGGGACAGGAAAGAGUUUAGAAGCUUUGGUGCCUUGCUUGAGUGCAGCUGUUUGUGUGACUUUGACAGCUGGAUCCAACACGAGGUGGGAGAAGUCCUCCUACCACCGUCCCCCAAUUGGUUCUUCAUCAAUGCCCAGGACAGCCGAGCUGAGGACCAACUGCUUGUCACCGCUACUUACAGGUCCAUCCUAGUCCAGCAGCUGAACCCUGGCAAGAAACUACCCACCCUGCUUAAGGUCAUUCCAAACCAAAAUGAGAAGCUACAGUUUGUGAGGCUGUGUCCCCGAGCCUCAGAGCCGGAGUAUGGACACACCGUUGCCAGCGUGUGUGAAGGUUCCAUUGUGCGCCUCUUCAACAUGCACACUGGUGACGCCAUCGCUGAACACAGGCACCAUGAGGGACUGUCAGUGAAUGGCAUUUGCUGGGGGAGUGUUGACAAGGAGGAGGUGGUGGUGACAGUAGGUGGUGGUGGGCGGGUGGUGGUGUGGCAGCCUCAGCACAGUGCCUACCAAACACACACCCUUCCCCAAACUCCAGAACUGACGGUUGUGGAGGUGAACCCAAAGGAUCGUGGUCAGGCGCUGGUGGCUGCCACUAAGGAGAUUGCCCUGGUGAACCUCAAGAAUGGCUGGGUCCUGACAUGGCUGAAAGGACAUGACAUGAACAUAUACUGCCUGAGGUGGUAUGAGGGGGAGGAGAACCCCUUCGCUGAGGAGUACCCAACCAAUAGCCGAGCAGAGGCCAUGAUGGAGGAUAGGAGUGGUGAGGAGAGGAACAAGACUCAUGGUUGGCAGCAGAACAGCAGAGGUGACAGCAAUGGUCCCUUCUUUGCUUCCUCGGACCACGGACGCAACAUUUACCUGUGGGACAUAUCGGCUAAAAGAUACGUCACCAAGAUGAAUGUUCCCAUCAUGGCUUCAGGAUACAAAAGACCCCCACCGGUGAAGGACAAGACCAAGCUUAAGCAGCACAUCCCCCUUGCCUGGUACAAGAAGGGCCUCCUCUCGUCCACUGUACACGGAGAGCUGCUUCUCUGGACCUCUCAGAUGGGGAAGUGGAAAUAUAAACCGCUGCACCACCUUCACAACCGAGCCAUCUACAACCUACUGCUGUUCGGGGAUGUGGUGGUGACCAGUGGACAGGAUCGCAUGCUGUAUGGGUAUGACGUGGCCCACCAGGCUCACUUGUUCCAGCUGUCCACAUUGGGAGCGUUCGCCACCUCUCUCACCUUCUGCCCUCAAGACGCCAGCAGACUUGCUGUUGGCUCAAUGGACAACACAAUCAGACUUCUAAAAUUUGGAAGUCCAACACCUUUGCAGACCCUCACUGUCUCCCACAACAUCAAAGGGAAGAUCCUUUCGCUGUGUUGGCACCCAGAACAAGAAGGGCACCUGUUGUUUGGCACUGCAGCAGGUCAGGUGGCAUGGCUCAACAUUUCCAACAGUCACCUGAACACCUUUGCAUAUUACCACCAGAAGGCUUCAUACAAGGUUGAGUGGGCUCCUCCCGUCUGCCCACACAAGUCAGGAAUAUCAGAGACCUGGUGUGCCUAUUCUUACGGAGACCGGGAGAUUGUGAUGCGGUCGGUCUCCUCCCCUCUGGCUAACCCACUCAGCUUGAAGAAUUUGGUUCCUGAUCCUGACAACAAGAAGUUCCCUAAGGAUGUUACCGAGUUUGCCUUCAGUCCUGACUACAGUUUUCUGGCCGUGGGACUCAAUGAUGGCCAGGUGUUGAUUUACCGCCGGCAAGACCUGGAACAGCUGGCCACAGUGGUGGUUGUGAAGAAGGCUGUGCAGCACCUCCUGUGGAAACCCAAAGCAGAUUCCGGCCCCAGCUACACUCUUGCUGUGGCCUCCAAUGAAAAUGACAUCCAACUGUUCUGUCUGGACAACUUCCUGAAAGGGCUACAGGACAAGAGUCCAGACGACCACAGUCUUGAGGUGCUGGUGACUCAGGCCACACGAGUGCUGAGUGGACACGAGGCAAGGGUGGUGUGGCUCUCCUGGUCACCACACAAGCCGUCGGUCCUUGCCUCAGCUUCCUAUGACCACACCAUUCAGCUCUGGGACACUGACAAUGGUUCCAUGCUUGGCAACUAUGGAGGACAUUCAGCCAGAGUGUUUCGCGUUGAAUUCAGUCCCUCUGACCCAGACCUCUUAUUUAGUGCUGCUGAGGAGAACGCUUUGCACUGCUGGCGGCCUUCAAAGCUCACCUGCAAGACCCCAGCAGAGAGUAAUGCUGUCCUGAAGGAAUACCGGGCCAAGAAGGAGCCAGGAGUGGCUGCCGGGGAGGAAACAACAGCAGCUCCUCAGGACACAAGUGAAAGUAAGCAAGAGAGUGCAGUGUCUGUGCAGAUUGAGGCGAAUACCACUGCCACCGUCACCAUCACCACCACCACCACCAAGGCCACAAGUGUGAGUGACAGCACAAAGAAGAGUUCCAGCGACAGUGGGAAGAAGGCAGCUGUCAAAUCCUUCUUCCCUAAGCUUCAUAAAGUGUGUUCCCGCAAGAAGACCUUCCACCACCUGCUGCUUCUGUCCUUGCUGGCUGUGGAGGAAGCAAAGCAAGAGCGUGACUCUUCCCAGCAGAAAGGAGCAGCAGGAAAGGACAGUGAGACACUAGAAGAUGACUUAGAGGAUUUGGAGGGAGAUGAAGCCCAAGAAAAGGAGCUGGCCAAGGUGGUGGAUGCCCGACCCAUUGUUGUUGACACCACAGAAAAAUACAGCUUCCUGUUGGAGAAGGACUCAGAGAUGGCUCCUCCCGAGGACUUCCUGUACGUCAUGCAGAUGCACGGCCAGCCACAGCAGGUGGACGCUCUCUUGGCCGCAGAGAUUGAGACCCAUGAGUCAAAGGGCAACACGAGCCACGCCAGCCUGAUGCACUGCUGGCGGGGCUCCCUUGGCACACACAUACAUCUGGCAGCCAAGCAGAAGAAGCUGACUCCUUUCCUCGUUGCAUCAGCUCCUCAGGUAUCCAUGAAGCUGUGGGAGGUGGCCUGUGAAGCAUAUGCAGAACAGCUGCUGGCAGAGGGAGAUGCAGUCACAGCUGCCUCAUAUCUACUGAACAUUCACAAGGUGGAGGAAGCCAUUGACAUGCUGCUGCAGCACAGACACUUCAGGGAAGCACUGGCCAUAGUCAAGACUCGCCUUGGGUUCAGCCAGGACCAGCUGGAAAAGGUGGUGGGUCGCUGGGUCAACUCGGCUAUCUACGAUGGCAACAUGGACCUGGCUGCCUUGCUGCAGCUGAGCACUGGCCAACUGGAGGCAGCUGCCCGCACCCUGUCCCGCCGCACUGAUUCUGGCUCCCUCUUUGUGUCAGCGCAGGUGUACGCCGCCACUGGGAAUGCAGAACUUGCCAUAUCAACUGGACUGAUGGCCCUCAGGGAGGCGUCUGUCCGGCAGGAGAUGGACAAAGUUGAGGCAUUCUUGUGUCACUUGUCUGGGGUGAAGUGGUUCAGAGUUGUCUCCACCCUGCACUGUCUGCUCCUCAAAGUGAUCCAGCAAGAGGACACAGUCUGCUUCAGUUACCUCUUUCAUCCCUCAGAGAGUGGUGGGGAGGCAGCAGCAGCAGGAGGAAGAGGCAGCACAUGUUUGGUAGAGGAGGUGAAGAGGCAAUGGGAAGCUCAGGGCUUCUCUCAGAGCCAGUACCAGAGCCUAUACCAGCACCUGGAGACUCACUUCUCCACACAGCAGAGCCCUUCCUCUGUGAAACACCUGUGGUUCCUUGUGUCUCUGUCUCUAUGUGAAUGUCUCUUGGCCCCAAGUUAUCAGCUGUGGGACCAGCACCUCACUGCAGCCCUGAGGCAUGCAGUGACCUGGGGCAAAGCUGACCAACUGCUGCACCUCACUCAUGCACUUCUGCCCAGAGGCAGAGAUGACAUGGCCCUCCUGAGAAGUACAGCACCUGAGCCACAAGAGGGAGAGAUGGUGCCUCCGCCAAGCCUACAUGUUCUAUGGCAGUGUUAUCAACAAGCUGAGGUGGCUCUUCUCCACACAUACAUAAUGGGUGAUACUUGCUGGUCAGACCUCCAGAAAGAUAAAUAUGUCAUAGACAGAGAUACAGAAGCAGUGAAUCAGGAGGAAGCACAGAUAUCACAGGCAGCAGUCCAUCCCUCAGAUGCCAGCAGUGCCAGUGCAGUGGGUGAGGGUGUGCUGCAGCCAGGGAGUGAGUGCCGCCCCACACAUGUCACCCCAGAAGGUAAUGUUCCCGUGUUGUGUCAAGAGACAGAAGCUGUUAUCUCUGGGAGAGACGAGGAGGCAUCAUUUUGCUUCCCUCGUUCUGUAGGCAGCUUGAAAACUUCACUGAGCUUUUAUUUAGAAAAUAUUGACCGAGAUCCUGAAGUGUUCUCAGAAAUGAUUGGAGUCACUUCAAGUGCCUUGUCCACCCCAAUUGUUCUCCUUCAGGAGAUUGUUACUCUCCUUCAUAGAAAAGACAUUUUUGAUUCUGCUGACAAAGAGAGUUUCUUGUUUGGACUUGGUGCACAGUGAAGGCCUUGUCCAGGCUUCUUGAGUCCCUGCACAGUGAAGCACAGUUGAGGAUUCCUGUGCAGCAGAAUGCUUUGCCUUACUGGACAGUUGCCCAGUCUUUGUUAUGAAUGUCUCUUAUAUGAAUUGUGAUGCUCUGCUUGGAUGUGUGGACACUGCAAUAAGUGUCAAUAGUCUUUAUGGACACCUCUUAUAAGUGAGAAGUUUACUUAAAUGAUCAUUACAGGCCAGUGUCUUGUAUACAUGUUGUGAAUUCAAUUGUUGAGUUACAGCAAAAUGUUAAUGUUUAAUUUAUUGCACAAUUCCAUGGUCAGAAGACUGACAAAUCUUCAUCUUGAAUACUUUCCAUCAUUUUUACUUCUAAAAGAAUAAAGGUCUAAUAAGUUUAAUGAAAAGUUCUAAAUGUUUUUGAAGUUUAAGGAAUGAGAUUAAUAAAGCAUGGAAUAAAUCAA